AUGCAAUUUCACUCGGAUAAACAGCGUUUGGACAGUACAAGUGACAUAGAUUUCAAGCCAAACUCACCCCGUUCCUUACAAAAUAGGAAUACAAAAAAUUUAUCUCUAGAUAUAGCGACGCUUCAUCCUCUAAUGGAAUUCUCAUUGCCAAACCAGGAUGUACCUGAUUCAGUAAACUUCACAUCGCCGACGCCUUUGAAUCCAUACAUGAAGUCCAAACCUACCGAGUUGGAGAAAGGUCCACUAAAAGUAAGUUCAAGACCAACACUACCGUCGCUGCCCAAGAGGCGAAGCGAGGCGUCUAUAUACACACUACCAGUAUCUCUGAAGAACCGGGCCGUUUCUCCAAAUUUGUAUACAAGGUCAUCUACGAUGUCAUCAAUCAACAAGCUCUCAUCAUCAUCACCAUUAUCAUCAUUUUCAGAAAAACCCCAUCUGAAUAGAGUCCAUUCGUUAUCCGUUAAGACCAAAGAUUUGAAGUCGAAGGGGAUCAGAGGCCGGUCUCAAACUAUUUCCGGAUUAGAGACAUCUACGCCAAUCUCCAGUAUCUGUGAAGGUACUUUAGUCAAUCCCGAUAUGAAUAGGUUCUCUAACCAAAAAAAUAUGCAAACAACAUUAAUUUUUCCCGAAGAGGAGUCAGAUUUGAAUAUCGAUAUGGUGCAUACAGAGAUCUAUCAACGAACAGUUUAUAUAGACGGACCAUUACUGGUGAUACCACCUAAUUUGUACCUAUAUUCAGAACCCAAACUAGAAGACAUUUUAUCGUUCGAUUUGGUUAUUAAUGUUGCUAAAGAAAUACCGAACUUGGAAUUUUUAAUACCGCCGGAAAUGGCGCAUAAAAUACAAUACUAUCACAUCGAAUGGACACAUACUUCCAAGAUUGUCAACGACUUAUCUCGAUUGACACACAUUAUGCAUACUGCUCGUUUGCAAGGCAAGAAAGUACUGGUACACUGUCAGUGUGGAGUAUCAAGAUCAGCAUCAUUGAUUGUAGCGUAUAUCAUGCGAUAUUAUGGCUUGAAUUUGAAUGACGCAUACAAUAAACUCAAGGCUGUCGCCAAGGAUAUAAGUCCAAAUAUGGGGCUCAUCUUCCAACUUAUGGAAUGGGGAACAAUGUUAUCCAAGAACUCUACGGACGAAGGGGAGAUUGUUAAUAUGUCUGAAGAAAAUAACGUUAGCAAUAACGAAAAUUCCUCCUCCACUACAAUGUCCUACUCUUCUGCAUCAUUUAGAAGUUAUCCUAUUGUAAUGAAUCUUUCGUCGUCGCCAAACGAUAGUUCUGUCAAUUCUUCGGAGGUGACACCAAGGACUCCUGCUACUUUGACUGGAGAGAGGACCACAUUGGCCGCAGAACAUGGUGACGAACAUGAGCACCGUAAAACGCUGUCUGAAACCACAGACGCACUGAACGCUUCUGUCGACAAUGAAUCCAUAUCCACAACCUCGGACCAGAUCAUGUUUCUUCCCUAA